GGGGGCGCGCGUGUAGAGGCGGUCCGGCUGCUUCGGUUUCUGUAAUCGCUUUUUUUCUGCUACAUUCAGUUAAAUAGCGCGGAGGCGAGAACGAGCGGACGGCCCGAAUCUGGCGACACGGUAUCACACGGAACAAGCGAACCGGGACCGCACACCGACGGCCGCUCGGCAGGGCCAAGAUGUCUAGUGAGGUGCAGAGACCAGAUGAUAGCCCCAGCACAAGCGGUGGGAGUUCAGACAUCGAGCAGCGAGAGACGGCACCUCCUCAGGAGCGAGAUCUGGUGGCGCCCAAGAAGAAAGAGACCAAGAUCUCCAGUAAAACCGCUGCCAAACUCUCCACCAGUGCCAAGAGGAUUCAGAAGGAGCUUGCAGAAAUCACACUUGACCCUCCGCCGAACUGCAGCGCCGGUCCCAAAGGAGACAACAUCUAUGAAUGGAGGUCAACUAUUUUAGGACCGCCGGGCUCUGUGUAUGAAGGAGGGGUCUUUUUCCUUGACAUAGCGUUUACACCUGACUACCCGUUUAAACCUCCCAAGGUUACGUUUCGAACGAGGAUCUAUCACUGUAACAUUAACAGUCAGGGAGUGAUCUGUCUGGACAUCCUGAAGGACAACUGGAGUCCAGCGCUCACCAUCUCAAAGGUCCUGCUGUCUAUCUGCUCUCUACUUACAGACUGUAACCCAGCUGAUCCUCUGGUCGGAAGCAUCGCCACACAGUACUUGACCAACAGAACGGAACAUGACAGAAUAGCCAAACAGUGGACGAAGAGAUACGCCACAUAAACGGCUCUGGAAGUAUCGGCCGACACCACCACACACUAUACCCCCGGUCCCAGCCCUACUGUGCCUCUCUACCUCUCCCCGUCUGCUAAAAGCACAUUCACCAAGUGCGCCGUACAUCUGGCCCCUCUUCCUUCCAACUUCCCGUAAACCUUUCUGUGACGAAAACUCUCUCCUUUGUUCCUUAUUGACUUGAAAGCUUCUUUUUAUACAAAGAGUAGAUUGGGACUUUAUUUUCCAAUUAUCUGAAUGUUUGAAAUACCUUAGGAGAAAAGGAAUACUAUUGUUUAUUAUUGUCGUCGUCAUCGUUGUUGUUGUUGUUGUUAUUGUUGUUGUCUUUACCAACUUAAUGUAUCAAUAUGCUUUCUUUUUAAGUGGAACAAAUACAGCAUAUAAAAAGUUGCGUUUCAUCGGCGUAUAGUGGAUUUAUUAUUUUUUUUGUUUCUCCUUUUGUCAGUGAAGUUAUGUGCAUGUAACAGGAUGAGAAGUUGCAUCCAUCGAAAUCCAUCCCUUCCCUUCUUUUGUUCGUAUGUAUUUUUUAAACUGAAACGUCACGACGGCCGCUCUAAAAGAGGCUCGCUUGUGAAUUAAAAGUUAAAUGGAGAAAAAAACCGAUGUGUACAUAUUGCUACAUGCCACCGCUGGCCAGAAUGAACUGUUGUGCACUUGCUUCAUGAAAAAACAUAAAUAAACACUGUGGCUGAAUUGUACAGUGUACAUCA